AGAAGGAGAGAAAGCGCUAGGGCAAAAUCUGAAGAGAGCAAUUAGGAAAGGGAGAAUGGGGUGGGUAUGGUUGCAAGCAGCGCUUCCUCUGGGAAUCAUUGCUGGAAUGCUCUGCGUCAUGGGCAAUGCUCAGUUCUACAUCCAUAAGGCCGCUCAUGGCCGCCCGAAGCACGUAGGUAACGAUUUGUGGGACGUGGCUAUGGAGAGAAGGGACAAGAAGCUCGUGGAGAGCUCCUCUGCUGCUUCUCUAAAUUAGCCCUAAUCUGUGGUUCUACUGGAAGUAACAAAAGGAGCUGUGGUUAAUCAAAAACCACUCUUGAGGGAUGGGGGUUGGUUUGGGUUGUCUCUGGUGGAGUGAAUUUUAUGAAUUUAAUGGAUUUAGGAUCAAUGGAAAAUCCUCAAAAUUUUCAUGACUAUCAGUUGCAAGAGCUUUAAGAGAUCUAUCUAUACGUGCCAUAUUGGUUGAAUUGAAUUUCUUGGUCUAAUAACAUUCAUCCUCUUCUUAGUUCUGUUAGAGCUCAUUCUCAUGAAGUAUAAAGUUGGUCAGUAGCUAGUAAUAUUUUUUCCUCUUGCCAAUUUUUCAUGUGCUAUUAUCAUUCCACUGUUUCGUAUAUCAAUUUUUUUCUGCUAUUUUGAAGUUGUAAAAUGACAAACACCGAAAUGGUCCACCUGGUUGCUGACCUGUCUUGCCACACUUGAUUUCAAUAAGUAUUUUUAGGAAAUAUGAAGUUUUCUCGUGGUUAGUCAUCCAUAGAAUUCUCAAGUCGGAAAUGUUUGGUCAUGGUGGUCCCUCUCUACAAGCAUAUUGAUGCUCUUGGUGCCAUAGUUUUGUAUAAUUCAUAGCACAGCAUGCACAACAUAUAUUUUUGAAAUUUCAUAAAUAUCAAUAUGCAUACACCAAUA